AUGAUGCGAACCAGAACCUCCCGACGCAACAACUACUCCCUGGAGCAAGUGACGUUUCUUACUAAACGAGCCGCCGAAACACGCGGCAAAAUCGCUUUUCAUAAAACUCGAUUAGCUAAGGACGUCGAUGCAAUUGUGAAACUGCCCUCCGAGGAGGACAAUCUCGCAGAGAUUGACGACCUCGUGACGGCCAGAAUGGCCGAACUCGACGAAGAGAUGGCUGUUGAUGAAGAGAUAAUCCAUCUGCCGAGUGCCACCACUUGCUCUACUAGCAAUUCUUCCUAUACAGGUACGGAUAUGCCGAGAUUGGAGAAGAAGACUACUAUCACUCUCCUCUCUAACAAGGGCAGUCCAUACACGAUCCACAAUGGUUUCGUUCAGCCCUAUUAUUCUCCCAUCUCCUCCUCCGGCGUGCCUGUAGUCUAUUUCUGGGCUAAUAUCACCAAGGUUAGCAUCACGCUGGCACCAUUCACCGCCUCUUGUCUCAAUCCCUAA